UUGAGGGGAAUUAUUCGAAGACUGUUCGAAAUCGAAGGAAAGAAGACACCUGCAUCGCAUGGGGAUAUUGUUAUACCUGUCGCUCUAGCGUUGCACUCUCUCCUCAUCUGUGGCGCCUCAAAUGCAACUGAAGUUGGCAGGAACUACUCCCAAGCCUAUGAGGACAUCGCCCUUCUGUGCAGAGGAGAGGAGCUCAAGUUCGGCACCUGCCUCAUUAACUGGUUGAAAUGUUACUAUAAGAAGGACUGUGGAGGGGAGUACAUGUUGAUGAAAUUAAUCUGUUCAGUGAGCUCGAACCAGAGCAGUGCCCAUGAGUACCCAGACUGUCGCGAUGGGGGCAGUGAAGCCAGCCUGCUGGUGUCUCCACUGGUGGUUGCUGGCAUCGUCAUCGGCCUGGUGCUCUUCCUGUCCUGCGUUACUAUCAUCGUGGGCAGCUUGCGCAAAGACAGCCGUCUGCGCAACCCCCACCUGCGCGCUAGCUAUGCACCAGAUGGCUUCUCGUAUGGCGGCUCCAUCGGAGAGCUGAGGUCGACUUGUAUUGAGGAAUUUCCUCCAGCAUUUGACUUUGACUCCUACGUGGAGACUCUAUCACAAGUCAAUGUGAUGUAUCCAGACUCCCCGCCUCACUAUGAUCAAUGUGUUGGACCAGGUGCAACACAGAUCUACGUUCCCACAGACGACCCCCCUCCGUACUCCCUCACGGACCCCUGCCAGAGGGGCCACCAGCAAGCCGACUACACCACCCUGGAGAUGGAGGAGCCCUCCGCCGGCGCUUCCUGGGUGUCCGCGAGCAGCGCUGCCGCCUCUCACUACCCAAUCAGACUAACCGAGCUCAGGCAGCAGCCAAUAGCCUCCAUCUCCCUGUCAGCGUUCCCCCUGGAGGAGGCACCCCCAUACGAAGCAGUAGUGAGAGGGCAGAACCAGCCCAUCCCUCUGAUGCCGAUGGACCUGCUCAAACACCCCUCUGAGGACAGUCACAGUCCUCAGAGAGCCCCAGCCCUAGCUCACAGGAUCCUGUAGAGCGGUCUGAACGCUGCCACUCUGUGUGCAGACAGCCAGACACACCCACCCCCCCGUACAUGAACCCGGUCUGAACAGGACGGUAUGACAGCCUAACUUUGUUCUGCUCCAACCAGUGUCCCUUUGUUCAUGACAGAGUGUCAAAGGAGACAGACUUUCUGGACCAAAGCGGAAUGUUUGGGUUGAACCUGAACUCAUUCUGCAGCUGAAUUUCCUCCCCCUACCUCUUCGAUAAGCCUUGUUCCCCAAUUCCAAGGGGUGACCCGGAUCACUCAACAGUCUCACUCCCUUUACUACUGGGUACUGCCAUGAAAUCAGAGGGCUACUACUGAUCACAUGGGGCUGAGGGUACGUGGUGGUCUUUCUGUCCAGGGGGGAUUAACCUUAUACUUGGUCUCAAUAUAGGAGACAUUGAAGCAUUUACAAAGCAUUAUCAAAGUCUGUUAUUAGCACUGAAAAGCAUUAGAGGUAACCUCAAGUGGUUUCACACAGAUAUUCUGUCCGUAAUGUUGAUUCUUUUGUGUUGAAAUUACAUUUGUCUUGGGAAACAGACUAUAGAAAGAGAGCCUAAUUUCAGAUUCUACAAAAAAUAUCUCCAUACGGUUUUAUUUAUAUUUUGUACAUGCAAAUUAUAUUUUAUUUAUAUUUAGAUGACUUUAGUACUACAGCGGUCAGUGAAAUGUCCAGUAUUUUUUAAAUAAAUAAAUAUACUCCACUUUUGUACUAUUAUUUAAAAUACUUUUUUUUCCUGGUAUAAGGUUCUAUAUGGUUUCUUGAUAUAAACACAUUAAGGAGCUGAAAAAAACUCUGUUCUCCAUAAUUAGGUGUUCCCUCUCGGGGAUGAGGUCCAGUUUGAUCCUGACUGCUAGUUUACAGUCUCUGUAGAUCCACUGCCACAGAUUCCUCUUUUUUUCUCACCACUCUCUGGUGAACAGAAUCACUGUGAGCUUUUUUUUAACAAGGUAAAGUACUAUCCCAUUCACCAUCCUACAUCAAAAUACAAAACAGGUUGCAGAAACUAAAUGGUUAUUGACAAAUGACAGAAAUGGCAAAAAUACUGCACAGUUUACUGUGAUAAGGGAUUGACUUUAGUACUGACCAUUUCGAUGUUACGAUUAAAUUUAGAGAAAUAUUAUUCACCUUAGUUACAUUAUAUUUAUCAAUGUGCCAGAAUCAUUUUAAUGCUGCCUGAUUAUUUUCUGUUUUAUGCUUUUUGUAAUUUUGAUUUAUUGUACAUAUAACAUAUCUUGAGUUGAACUGCUUUCACCUGUCUGUCAUCCUCUUGAACAUAAUAUAAAAUGACUGUGCCUGUCAAGCACUAAGACUGUUAGGCUAACAAUAAUAACCUAAUAAAACACAGAUUAACAAAUCUAAAGCUUUUCUAUUCCAAAUAUAUUGUCAUUUUUCAAGGUUUGUGUUAUUCAGUAAAACUAUGGGUUCAUCAUCAAAACCCCCGAAAAAUAAUUCUUAGAAAGAAAAUGUGAUAUUAGGUCCAUAUCUUGUGUAUAAAAAUGUACUAGUGGAGUAAUGACCUCCUAACACCUUUGCAUUUGGCCUCAUCAAUUGGUAUCGCUGUGUUCCUUUGCCCUUCUCUCUCACUGUCUCCCUCAUUUCUCUUACCAAACCCUUUAUUGUGAAGUGAUAGCCUCACGAAUGAACCCUUAAAGGAUAUUUUAUAGGAUUAAGACGCAUGAUUGCUUCACUGGCAUUGUGGAUAGAAGUUAUAACGAGAUUAAUAUUUAUUUAGAAUAGCUUUAUCAAUAAUGUGUUUUACUGUGGAAAGACUACUAUCAAAUAGUUUUUGUGAAAUUCACUAGAAUGUACAACAACACGGAUGCUUCGUACUAGAGAACCAUCCAAAGAUUAAAUAAUAAUACUAGGUUAUUUGUCUUGCAUUGCAUUCUUGUGUCAAUUAUUCAUCAACUGGAUUUUACCUGGAGAGGGUUUGUUAAAUGGCUGUUAAAAAUCUAAUGCUGAUCUCAGCCCUAGUUAAUACAUAGUAUAUUUGUGAUCAAAGUUGUCAUCUCGUGCCCAAAAAAUAAAGCUAUGUUUGGGCUGAAAAUGAUUUGUGUUGAUAACUUCACAAUGAGCAUUUGUGCUGAUUGUUAUGUAGCUGCUGCACAUGUAGCAAGGCUAUACAAAAGUAAUGAUGAGCUUGUGUUUCAUUAACUGAAAUCUAAAAGUGCAAUGCGGUGAAUAGGACAUCAUCUUAGAUUUUGUGCAUUGUGACACACAAAGAGGACAUCUAGAAAUGCAACUUUAGCUGCCUUUACAAGUCAGUAGAACUGCACUGUUAAUGUGUUGGAAUGCCUAGUCCAAUACCUGUUGAGGUAAAACUGCAAUGCAGUUCACUCUGGUCUUACAUGCUGUUUUGUCUUUGUUGUUUACUUCCUUUUCGUAGCACAAUUUGUAUAUCCAACAGAAAUGUGAAAUGAUGUGUAAUACACUUUCAAUGUAUGGUCUCCCUAUAUGUCCCGCUGUCGUACACAACUGUCCUGGGUGACAAUUAUUAUUAAGUUCUUAUAAUCACAGUUGUCAAUGUAUAACCAUGUUUUGUAUUAGAGCUUUUAUUAAUUUCUUAUAUUGGGAAAACUAAAUAAAUGUAACCUCUAUGAUC